UGUGGAAAGAGCUUCAGUAACACGAGCAACCUUUAUAGACAUCAAAGGAUCCACUCAGGAGAGAAACGAUUUAAAUGCCUGGAUUGUGGAAAGAGCUUCAGGGAGAAACCGCAUAAAUGCCUGGAGUGUGGAAGGAGUUUCAGUCAGAGGAGGGAGAAACCGCAUAAAUGCCUGGAGUGUGGAAGGAGUUUCAGUCAGAGCACAUCAAUCCACUCGGGAGAAAAACAAUACAAAUACCUUGAGUGUGGAAAGAGCUUUAUUGUUUGUAGACACCUCUAUCGACAUCAAAGAAUUCACAUGGGGGAAAAAACGCUAAAUAUGCCUGCAGUCACAACGUGUGGAAAGAGCUUCAGUUGCAGGGCACACCUUUAUAGACAUCAAAGGAUCCACUCAGGAGAGAAACCUUUUAAAUGCCCGGAGUGUGGAAAAUCCUUCAGAAAAAAUGAUCAUCUUAAAAAGCAUCUGAGAAUCCACACAGGAGAGAAACCCCAUAAAUGUCUGGAGUGUGGAAAGAGCUUCAGUCAGAGGGGAAACCUUUAUGUACAUCAAAGGAUCCACUCAGGAGAUAAACCGCAUAAAUGCCUGGAGUGUGGAAAGGGCUUUAGUCAGAGUAGAUAUCUUUAUGUACAUCAAAGGAUCCACACAGGAGAGAAACCACAUAAAUGCCUGCAGUGUGGAAAGAGCUUCAGUCAGAGGGGACACCUUCAUACACAUCAAAGGAUCCACACAGUAGAGACACCGUAUGAAUGCCUGGAGUGUGGAAAGAGUUUCAGUUACAGGAGCAACCUUUAUUGUGGAAAGAGCUUUACUGAAAGUGAAAGUCUCCGUAAACAUCAAAGCAUUCAUAGAGGAGAAAAAGCAUAUAAAUGUCUGAGAGAGAAACCAUAUAAAUGCGUGAAGCAUGGAAAUAGUUUCUGUGGGAAGGGAAGUCUUUAUCAGUAUCAGUCCACUCGGGAGAAAAACAAUACAAAUACCUUGAGUGUGGAAAGAGCUUUAUUGUUUGUGGACACCUCUAUCGACAUCAAAGAAUUCACAUGGGGAAAAAUGCUAAAUAUGCCUGAGUGUGGAAAAACCUUCAGUCACAACGCAUCAAUCCACUCGGGAGAAAAACAAUACAAAUACCUUGAGUGUGGAAAGAGCUUUAUUGUUUGUGGACACCUCUAUCGACAUCAAAGAAUUCACAUGGGGGAAAAACCGCUAAAUAUGCCUGCAGUCACAACGUGUGGAAAGAGCUUCAGUCUGACAGGACACCUUUAUAGGCAUCAAAGGAUUCAUAUUGGAGAGAAACCAUACAAAUGUCUGGAGUGUGGAAAGGCCUUCAAAGAGAAAACCUAUAAAUGCAUGGAAUGUGGAAAGAGCUUCAGUGGGAUGCCAUAUAAAUGCCUUGAAUGUGGGAAACGCUUCAAUUGUGGAAAGAGCUUCAGUGGGAAGGGAAGUCUUUCUAAGCAUCAAAGAAUCCACACAUGA